AUGCGUCCCAAAGAUCUACAAAAAACCGUUGCAACAGCAGAAUCUCGCAGACGCGCUGUUGCUGAAAGGGCACAACAACGACGUCAAAUUUUCACAAGAAACACGUGGAGUGUUUUCGAUAAAUCUGCAUUUGAGUACGACGAGACUCUUGAUUAUGAAAACCACAAGCUUAUAAAAAUAGAAGCGACGGACAAAGAAUCUAGCUUUUGCGGUGCUCUUAAAUGGAAAGAAGGAGCAGCAGGAACAUAG